AUGGAGUCAGAGGCGGCGCGCACGUCAGCGACCACCACCGCCGCCAGCGCCGCGGCAGAGGCCACCACUGAGGAGGUGGGGGCGGAGGCCGCGGAGGCGGAGACCACAGAGGCGGAGGCUGCGGAGGCAGCCGCAGAGGCGAAGACGAGGGGAGGGGCCGCCACUGGAACGACCACGGCGGCAGAGGUGGCAGACGUCACCACUGAGGCGACGGAGGCCGCCGAGGCGACGGCGGCUCCAGUUGGGAGGACGACGGAGGCCACCAGGGCAACAAAGUCCACGAGCGUGACCGACACCACCACGGAGGUUCCGCAGGCGAAGGCCACCAGCGGCGCCAUGUGGCGGCAGGUGAUGCUGGACGAACAGGCAGAGAUCCAGAGGUCGAGUGAGAAGACCCCUGCGGAGGAGUCGACGGGGACGCAACAGCCGGCCCUGGUCAUGACGUUCCGCCCGAUCGGGGAGCAGAGCCGCGCCCACGACGUGGACGCCGAGGUGGCCAAGAGGUGA